AUGGUUCCCUAUUGCAGGAAUGGCACAUUUACUGGCCGUGAGAAUCUCAUUGAGUCGAUAAAAGAAAUUUGCAAAGGUUCGGCUCAUAACCGAGUCGCACUUCAUGGGUUGGGGGGUUGUGGGUAUGUAUUUGGUGUUCCCUUGUACUUGUAUGAGAUUUACUAAUGCCACUUAGAAAGACCCAGAUUGCUCUAGAGCAUGUUUACCGGCAUUCCAGUGAGGGGCGCUGUCAUGUUUUUUGGGUGCAGGGAAGUGGGGUUUUGAAAUUUACGGAGGGUUUCAAGGCUAUUGCACAGCAUGUCCGGGGAUCUCAGGUGGGGACUGAGAAGGACGAAGAGGAACUGCUCCGGCGUGCAAAGACAUGGCUCGAAGGUCCCGAAAGUGGUGACUGGAUCCUAGUUAUAGACAAUGCCGACAAUGAAGCCGACUUUAUUGGGAGCACUAGCCCCAUUUCCAAGUUUGUGCCACAAGGGCGUGAAGGAACCGUGUUAUUCACGACCAGAUCUCGGCAGGUGGCAAUCCGACAGGGCUGUAAAAUUAUUAAGGUUGAUAAGAUGGAGCCGGAAGAGGCCCAGGAUCUGUUCUCAAAACGCUUUGAUGGUUGGCACGAUUUGGGGGACGUGGAAAAAGGGGCUGUUUCGAGGAUAUUAGACUCGAUGGAUCAUCUACCACUGGCGGUUGUCGGUUCCGCAGCUUUCAUGGCUGAGAAUGGGACAUCGCCCUCCGCCUACUGGUCGAUUUUCCAGGAGAAUGAUAAACGAACAAAAGAGCUACUUUCGGAGCAGUUUUACGAUAUCCAGCGAGAGGUCGACAUGACCGAAAGUAUCCUCGGAACUUACUUCAUCACCUUUGACAGAAUCACCGAAAAGAUACCCCUAAUGGUGAAACUUCUCGGGCUAAUGGCAUCCCUUGAUCGUCAAUACAUACCCGAGGAGCUACUGAUUCAUUCUGGACUUGUGGGCAUGGAUGACUCGCUUAAGUUUUGUCAGGCGAUUGGGACACUAUCGAGGUUCUCAUUGGUUACGGAGGUCAAACUUGAAGGCACAACCUUUUACGAGCUUCAUCGUUUGGUCCAACUCUCCAUUCAGGCAUAUUUAUCAAUAGAACAGGCCAAUCAGGGGAGGAUUGCUGGACUGCAGGCUGU